AUAAAUGUCAUAGCGCCAGCCAGCCAGACCAUCGAGAGACGGCUUGAGCUGACCUGUUGUGAUAGCUAUAAAUAGAGCCUAGACACAGCUGGGUAUGAGUAUUGUCUAUAAUUUAAUCCCAUGUCCAUCAAGAAAUACGUGAAUGACCAGCUCAGGCGAUUCUGAAUCCGCCAACAAAGCGAGUCGAGUCUCUCUGUGUGGGUGCGGAAGGCAGAGGCUGAGCAGGCAAUAGUGCUUCGUUCACGGAGUGUAGAGAAGUACCUUGCCCAGAUGGAAGUUGUGAUUGCGAGGACCCCUCAACCUCCUCAUACGGCGGUGGCUCGGGACCCGAUGAUUGUGCGGGAGCAGAUGAGUCACCCGGGGGAGGGUAGACUUGAGGGGAGUUCGACGUUUGAGUGUUGGGAGCGCCUUGAGAUUGGCUGGAAGAGGUCGAAUGAGUGGUAGGCUGAUCACGUAGCCAGGGUGGGACGCUGGACGAAUGAAGCCGCGGCGGUUCAGCUGGCGUCUGAUUGAAGCUGCUGGCGCGUAAUUCUGCAGUGUUCUGUUGCCAUGGUGGAAGUUGGUUUGCACGGUUAUUUACCAGAGGUAGCGCAUGGACCGGCCGCAGCGCUGCGUUAGAAGGCCUGGAAGAGGCGGAGUUGUAUGAUGAACGUCGUGCGCAUCUGAUUAGGGCUGCGAUGAAGGCUAGUACAGCAAAACGACGAAGACACCAAUGAAAAUGGGGGCGAGAUUGGAUGUGCCCGUCGAACUCGAGUUCGAGUACUGAGCGUACGCGAAUGAUGACUGGGAGAUGAGAAGAAGAAAACUCAGGACACACAUCUCAUUGAAGACGAC